AUGGACAAAGUGAAUCAUCAGUGGAACAACGUAACUAGUAUAAAAUGGAUUGAACGUAUAAAUACCACCAAAUUUUGGAAAGAAGUUGAUGAUUAUGUCGAUGCUUCUGGAAAUAAUCAUUUUAAUGAACUUUGUAAGCUAAGUAAGCGUAUUAUUGUGCUUCCGUUUUCAAAUGCAGACGUAGAAAGGUUAUUCAGCCAAAUGAAUAUCGUUAAAAGCAAGUUGUGA